GCUUGAUAGUAGCGGCGCCGUGCAGCAUGAGUCACAUGUUUAUGUGCACCUUCGCAGUUAUCCGCGGGUAUAAAGCCCAGCAGCAGAGUGACCGACGCAGCUUCAGACGGUCUGGAGUCUCAGGAAACAAACAGAGUUCUUAUUCUCAUCAUUGCCUGCUGGCCCUGUGAGAGUCAGAGAGGAUGUUAAUGAUGAUGAUGAUGAUGAGGAAGAAGGGGUCCAAGAUUCUCGCCGUGGUGGCUCUCCUUCUGGCCUCAGUCAACUGUCUCGUUCCUCCAUCCACAGAAGACCUUAACCAGAUCUCAAUCCAGGGCGAGAAGUUUCUGGAUAAACAGAUUGAGACUGCCGUGAACGGAGUGAAGGAGAUGAAGAGCGUGAUGCAGAAAUCUUCAGAGGAGCAUCAGAAGUUUUUGGACGACCUGGAGAAGACCAAGGAUCUAAAAGAGGAGGCGAUGCGUACGGCUCAGGAGAUGGAGGCUAAGCUGGAGCAGGAGGAGGAGGUCUGUAACGAUACCAUGAGGGCUCUGUGGGAGGAGUGCAAGCCCUGCCUGAAGAACACCUGCGUCAAAUACUACUCCAGAACAUGCAGCAGUGGAUCUGGACUGGUGGGACGCCAGCUGGAGGGGGUGCUGAACAGAACGUCCCCUUUCUCCAUCUGGAUCAACGGGGAGAACAUAGACGUCCUGGUUCAGGAGGGGCAGCGGCAGAGCAAAGAGUUCACCAACCUGGAGGAGAAAUACUCCGAGAUGGCCCACGGUGUCAACAGCAUCUUUUCAAACAGCAUGAAGGUGGCUGAUCAUCUGCACUUCAACCCUCCAUCGUUCUUUUUCUCUGAUAUCCUGGGACCGUUCACUCGUCGGAGCAGAAGCAUCCGCCUGCUCUUCCGCGAUCCAUUCCACGGCUUCCAGGAUUUGUUCUCCCCGAUGAUGGACAUGAGCAAGAACCUCUUCAGCUCCAUGGGCUCCAUGAUGGACAUGGACUCAGACACAGCUCCCAACGGCAGCGUGAACGAGGACGUGGUCAUCACGAAACCUUUUGGCGACGGCACGAUGACCUGCAGAGAGAUCCGCCGUAACUCUGCUGGCUGCCUCAAGUUCCGCGAAGAGUGUCAGAAAUGCAAAGACAUCCAGCAGAUGGACUGCUCCGGGAGAAAGCCUCUGGACGGCCCUCUGAAGGCGGAGCUGGAGGAGGCGCUGGCCCUGGCCGAGCGUUUCACCCAGCAGUACAACAACCUCCUGAAGAGGUUCGAGGAGAAGAUGCUCAACACCUCCUCCGUCCUCGACAUGCUCAACAGAGAGUUCGGCUGGGUGUCCUCUCUGGCCAACAUCACCGACGUCUUCCGGGUCCAGACGGUGAUCAGCAGUGACACUGAAGAGAAGCCAAGCGAUGAGAAGAAGCCGGCAGAAACCAACGUGUCCGUGAAGCUGUUUGACACUCCGGCCAUAAACGUCAGCGUGCCGGGCGACAUCCCCUGGACCGACCCCAAGUUCUCCGAGGUUGUGGCCCAGGAGGCUCUGGACCGCUACAAGGAGACCAGCGUUGUGGUCAAAUAAAGUCCCAAACCUGCACGUUCUGCUGACGGAACAGGAGAAUGUUCUGGACUCAUCACCAGAAACCCCGCUGAUGAAAAAACCCUGAAGCCAACGCACUGAUUCUGUUGUAAAUCCUCUUAAAGUCCUGCUUCAGCCAACGACUCAGUUUAACCUCAGAGAUUUAUAUUGUAACCUUAGAGCUCUUUGUCCUGCUGUCAGAGGAGAUAUUCAGUAGAUGUAGAUAACACAAAACAAUAAGGCUGUGUAACAUGUGAGCUUGGCUUUGCUAAAAAGGGACUUUCUCUGCUUGAGUUUCAGUUUAACCUUAUAUAUAAAGAUCAAACUGACAUUUCCUCCAUCACAUUUCAAUAAAACUAGGAUUGGUUUGUUGCUAAUAUUUGUUGAUAAGUACGUUUAGAGUGAGUUAAUCCAAGUUUGUGUCAGUGACCCGAUGCACCUUCCUACAGAUCUCUGACAGCUGCUGUCUGAGUUGGUGGAAGUGGUUCAUUCGCUGGAGUUAAACUGACUAGUUAAGAGUUUUUGUUCAUGAUUGCUUUUAAGCCCCUCUGUACAACAGCCUCGCAAAGAAGGAAUAAAUAGAGAUCUAAUAAACCUGCUCAAACCCAA